CUGCUGUACUUAUUGGCUGCUGUUAUUGGCUGCUAGCUUGUUGUCAGUCCAAGAAUGUCAAACAAAAGCUUGGUGUCAAACAGUUCAAAAACUUUGCUAAAAAAUGUUAUUCGACAUACAGAUUCGCACAAUAAGAUUAUUGAGGAGAACGAGAUGUGGCGCCAGUGGAAGACAGAGCAGCAGGGACCGGAAGAAAACAACCCUUCCUUCCUCAAGGGCCAAUGCAGCGACAUGAGGUACGAGUUUCCAAAGAGAAGAAACAAACGAGCCUACAUGGAUGAAGAGCCACAGAGCACAUUCUGGAUGAAGGAACUGUAUAAGACUGAAGAAGCGGAUGAAAAUAGUCCUGACCUUGCCCCGAUGGAUUUCUGGGUAUUUCCAGAAGUUAAACGGCAACUGAGGGGACAGCGCUUUGAGGAUGUCAACAAACUUAAAAUUGAAGCGCAGAGAAUUGUUGGGUCAUUUCCAGAAGACUGGUACAUGGAAACAUAUGACAAAUGGAUCUCACGCCACAGAAAAUCCUUGCAACUAAAUGGUGACUACCGUAAAUGACUGGGUAUAAGACGAUAGGGGGUAUUAGACGCAGGGGAAAAAAUCUGUGAAAAGUCCGAGAAAAAAACUUUUAAUCUAUGUUUUUGGUUAAAAGACACAAAGAAAAAAUGUCAAAAUCGUCCGGCAUUUUCAGCCACCAUGUUUGUUGACAGUGACAAAAAUUUUUUUUUUCGUGAAAAUGGUGAUGGUUAUCUUUAAAACCAUACAACCAUACUCAUUCGGAACUCCUCGGCCAUUUUAUCGAAAACAACCUCGGAUGUAUGCCGGUACAUCUGUUGAAGUAGUUCGUAAAAUAUUGAAUUAUAUCAUUAGUUAAAUGUAGUGUUUUAGAGCGGUAUUUAUUGAUCUAAGUUUAAAUUUAUUGUCAUUGAAUUGUAUUAUAGCAAACAUAAUGAAGAAUCCCAAGAGUUAAGUCACAAAGUUUAACUGCUAAAUAAAAUUACUACGCGAUCUACUUGCAGCGGACUUAAACGUACCACUUUUUGAAUGUGUAAACCAUCCAAAUACAUCCGAGGUUGUUUUCGAUAAAAUGGCCGAGGAGCUCCGAAUGAACCAUACUGUCAAGAUUGAAAAGUAAUGUUAUGCAAAAAAUAUUUUGACAGUGCCCAACUUUGCUUUUUUAUAUGUAAGUUUGAUUAUUGUUUAAUUCAAUUUAUUAUUCAAAAUAAUAUUGAAUACCGUUAUUCACAAGAGUUCAGACACCAUAAAUUAAUUAUUUUUUUCGCUCUCC